CAACAAGCUCGAACGCCUUUCACUUUCGCUGAUAUAAAGAUCUGUUUGACUUCUAUCUUCGUUAUUAGAUAGUCCACGAAGCAUUGAACGCCAUACCGAACCUACAAUGCCGCUCGACACAUCCACCUACUCCCUCGCCCUCCUGCGCCUCGACGGCCGCCGCUGGAACGAACUCCGGCGCAUACACGCGCAAAUCUCCACCCAAGCCGCCGCAGAUGGCUCCUCGUACCUCGAAAUGGGCAACACCAAGAUCCUCGUAUCCGUCACAGGCCCCGCAGAAGGGCGACAAGCAGGCCAAAGAGGCGGAGCAGGCAGCCAAGCCAAAGUAGAAGUGGAGAUAAACUUUGCAGGCUUCAGCGGCGUGGAGCGACGGAAGCGCAAAAGCGACAAGCGGACAAAUGAGAUGGAGCAUUGUCUGCGGUCGGCGUUUGAAAAUGUGCUGUUGUUGCAUAUUUACCCGCACUCGACUAUUACGCUCAACAUUCAUAUUAUUAGCCAGGAUGGCUCGCUGCUCGCUGCGUGUAUAAACGCUUCUACUCUCGCGCUUAUCGAUGCUGGUAUACCCAUGUCUGACUACCUGGUUGCCUGCACCGCUGCCUCGUCCGCUUCGUCCAGCGCUGCCGACAAUGCGUCCUCGGAUGAUCCGCUGCUGGAUCUGAAUAAUCAAGAAGAAUUGGAGCUGCCCUUCCUGACGGUGGGUACUCUGGGCGAGAGCGACAAUGUUGCAGUCUGCAUCAUGGAGAGCAGGGUGCGGAUGGAGAGGAUGGAGGGUAUGCUAGCGGUAGGGAUUGAGGGCUGCAAAAGGUUACGCGGGAUCCUGGAUGGGGUUGUCAAGGGGUAUGGAAAGAGGUUUGGGUGAAAAGAAGACGGAACCGUGAGCCAGGAUAGGAUACAUGUUGUUAUCCCUCGACGCUACAAGGCUGGUCGUUUGCAGUGCAUGCGGGCUGCAGGACAUGCACCCUGCCACUGGGGGCAAAGCGACCAACCCGACUUCAAGGUCAAGCUUGGAAUGGAGACUUUACUAAUCGGACGGUAUAGAUGGGGUCUAGGAUCAGUUGAUCAUCUCUGAGGACAGUAAACGGUCAAGCAAGUGUCUACCACACAAGGAAGAAAGGACGCAUGCGAUCUCGAACAAGACAACCAGUCCAGACCCCCCGAUCGCUAUAGCCUGACUGAUGUGCAUCGAUAUCGAGAAGCCUAAACACAUCGUCUGGCGCAAGCCGUUGCGAAAGACUAGUUACUAUAAUCAUGCAUCUUCUAGAAUCAAAUCAUGUUGAAUCAGAU